GCUGGCCAGAUUCGCCUUCGUCCCCUCUCCUACUCCCAGUCCUUCCUUUUCCGCCAUUCACCACACGUCUAGGAUACCCCCGACGCUCUCUGUUUCGCAGUCAUCUAAAACGACAAUACGAUGCUCACCUCGGACUCAUGCCCCUCCGAGAACACCCAGACGACAGAUCAGUCUAGUUUCUGGAACUCAGACUCGCUCCACUGGGAUGAGCAUCGGAUAGGAUGGGCUAUUGCGGGAGGGUGUGCUGCCCUCACCCUCUUGAUAUCGAUGUUCUCGGUCUUGCAACACUGUCGCAAUUAUACUCGGCCGCACGAACAGCGUCAGAUUUUGCGGAUUUUGUACAUGCCUCCAGUCUACGCCAUCAUAUCCUUCUUCUCCUACCGCUUCUUCCGAACCUACGACUAUUACUCUCUUAUUGAAGCAGCCUAUGAGGCCGUAACCUUGAGCGCAUUCCUCAUGCUCCUCAUUGAAUAUGUAGCCAACACAGCCACCGGUCACAGCGCAGAGAAGGCUUUAGUCCGCAAAGACAAGACGAGACUCUUGUUUCCCCUUUGUUUUUGGCGAUAUCGACCGACGAAGGCGUACUUUAUGUACACUCUCAAGUGGUCUGUUCUCCAAUAUGUCAUCAUUCGACCUGCCGUGUCAAUUGCUGGCAUCGUCACCAACGCGCUGGGUGUGCUCUGCCCGGCAGGGCCCUACAGCAUACACUUUGCUGAGGUCUAUCUUGAGGCCAUAGAUUUCGUCAGCAUCAGUAUCGCUCUGUACGGUCUGCUGCUGUUCUACGCUCUCACCAAGGAAGAGCUUGCCGGACGGCGGCCGCUUGCAAAGUUUUUAUCUAUCAAGCUUAUCGUCAUGUUGACAUUUUACCAGUCUUUCGUCUUCACCACUCUUGAAGGACGGGUAAUCAAGCCUACCGAGUAUUGGACCGCGACGAACAUCGCAAACGGUCUCACGGCUCUGACGAUAUGUAUUGAGAUGGUGUUCUUCUCUGCAUUCAUGUGCUGGGCGUUCACCGCUGGUGAAUAUAAAACUGGCGAGAAGACGAGCAUCGGAAAACCACUUUUGGACAGUAUCAACUACGGCGACUUCUUCACCGAAAUAUGGGGCUCGAUGCGCUUCUUCUUCGCGUAUGCGCUCCGCCGGCCGGGCACGCACACGCCCAACAGGGACAACCGACCCGACUUCGGCGAGGCGUUCGGCGUGGACGGCGCGUACAGGAAGCCUCUCGCGGAGACGGGCGCGGUGGGCGGCAUCGGCGGCGGCGGUGAGUUCCCGAUCGCGAUCCGUCCGCGGACGAGCUACGACGAAAAUAUCCGGCUAGCGCCCUACCCGUACACCAGCGCCUCGCGGAGCGCGUCCAACCUCGAUGUUCCGGUCUGAGCGACGGUUUUUUGGUUUGCAGAUUCGAACAACUCAAGAGUCCAAGAAUGAAUGAAUGACUGAAAGCGCCGAUUCUGUCCCUACCCUCCCUUCCCCUUACCUUGUCCUGUGCGUCUUCUUCGAUUCUCGCUUCAACGUCAUCGACAGUACUGUCUUUUCUCCCGAUUCCCGUGCGACUGGUCCGUCCACCUGCGUGUACGAUAUAUAAUUGGCCUCGUUUCUGGUUUCGGCUCAAGACGGUGCUCGAGGAUGUUUGGCGGCACAUGUAGAGUCCAGGAAAUGGGUACGGAGGAAGGUUGGGAGUGAACUCGACCACAGCCAUGGAUUGACGAUAGCGGUCGGGAUUUACUGCCUUGGGGCUGGUGAUGGAGAGUACGGUUGUAGUCGAGGUAAACGAGGUUUGCGGAUUGGUUUUCUUUUGCGAUGGGUUUGAUCUGCAAGGUGGACGGACUGUUAUAUUCUUUCCCCCUUUUCCUUCUCCUCUUUUUCCUAUUGCCUCUCUCUUUUAUUCCCCCCUCGUAUUAGCUCGUGAUACCACGUAAAUAUGUGAGAUACAGUAGUCAGCCAUACCUUCUGCGUUUGAUUUGGCAUGAUGUCUCGCCGGACUUUAUAGUGCCGAUGUGUCCAUGGAAUAUAGACUCUCAGCUCAUGGUUG